UCUGCUUUCACUCUUCCCACUUACUCCUCCUGUCUGCUCCGCAGCGCUGCUGCUGCUGACCCUGGAUACCAUUUCAAUUUGUCAUUUGAAACAGGAUGAAAGCCAAUUUUUGUGUCGUUCUGCCCACAUGUUCCUUCCUUCUGUUUCUUCUGCCAGGGGGCUCCUCUUCAGAUGCAGAGCACAAGCUCUUCUCUGUGAUAUUCUCCAACUACAACCAGUACAUACGACCAGUGGAAAAUGUGACCGACCCAGUUGUUGUACAGUUCGAGGUGUCCAUGUCACAGCUAGUCAAAGUGGAUGAAGUCAAUCAGAUCAUGGAGACAAAUCUGUGGCUGAGACAUAUCUGGAAUGACUACAAGCUCAGAUGGAAUCCAAGGGAUUUUGGAGGCGUCGAGUUUAUCCGAGUGCCGUCAAACAAGAUAUGGAAGCCAGACAUUGUGCUCUACAACAAUGCUGUCGGAGAUUUCCAGGUCGAUGACAAAACGAAGGCCCUGCUUCGUUACAAUGGUGAUGUUACCUGGAUCCCUCCAGCCAUAUUCAAGAGCUCCUGCAAGAUCGACGUCACUUACUUCCCCUUCGACUACCAAAACUGCACCAUGAAGUUCGGCUCCUGGACGUACGACAAGGCCAAGAUCGAUCUGGUGUUAAUUGGCUCAACCAUCAACCUCAAGGACUUCUGGGAGAGCGGCGAGUGGACGAUCAUAGACGCCCCUGGUUACAAACACGACAUCAAGUACAACUGCUGCGAGGAAAUCUACACGGAUAUCACUUACUCUUUGUACAUCCGCCGUCUGCCACUUUUCUACACCAUCAACAUGAUCAUCCCCUGCCUCCUUAUCUCCUUCCUCACUGUGCUCGUCUUCUACCUGCCGUCUGAUUGCGGGGAGAAAAUCACUCUGUGCAUCUCUGUCCUGCUAUCUUUAACUGUCUUCCUCCUCGUCAUAACAGAGACCAUCCCCUCCACCUCGCUAGUCAUCCCCCUGAUUGGCGAGUACCUCCUCUUCACCAUGAUCUUUGUCACCCUUUCUAUUGUCAUCACUGUUUUUGUGUUGAACGUCCACUACCGCACACCAAAGACACACACUAUGCCCUGCUGGGUGCGGACUGUGUUCCUGGGGCUGUUGCCCAGGGUAAUGUUCAUGACCAGGCCAGAGAGGGACCCCGAGACGGUGGCAGUGACCAGCAGUGUUCAGACGAUGCAUUCAAGGCCCUGUGCUGUGCAUUCAUCAGGUACUUUGCAGAAGCAGCACAAACCUCAGGCCCUGGCGUCAGGCCAGGCCAGCGUGGUGUCCAGCCUGACAAACCGCCAACGGAUUUUCAACAACACAGAACUCUCCAACCUCAAUAACGUAAGUGGCGAACCAGCCAAAGGUGCAGGCUCUGUGUUUUUGUGCUGUGAGGGCCGUUGCAACCAUUGCUGGCACCAGAGAUCCAGCAAACUGCCUGCAGACUCUGGGGGAGGGAGCGGAGGACUGGGCAGCCUGGGGGCGCUGACUGGAGGCAAUGCUGUUGGGACCGGAGGGGAGAGUCAGUGCUCUAGCUCAGAGUCUCUAGAUGGAGGAAUAAUGUCCCUGUUGCCCCUCUCCCCUGAGGUCAGGGAGGCUAUUGAGAGUGUCAAAUACAUAGCAGAGAACAUGAGACUACAGAAUGAAGCAAAGGAGGUUCAAGAUGACUGGAAGUACGUUGCCAUGGUGAUCGACCGGAUUUUCCUUUGGGUUUUUAUCCUUGUGUGCAUCAUGGGAACGGCUGGCCUCUUCCUCCAGCCUCUAUUACUUUGGGAUGACAUUUGAAAUAGUUUGAUAAAACAAAUACUUCAAUACCUUCGAACUGCACAGCAUUCAUCACUUAUAAGAUUCUCGCCAUGGCUCGGACAAUGCAGGGUGGAUCCAAAGUCAAGAAGAAAAGAUGACUGUGUCGGCCAAAUGUUGAUGCAAAUGUAUUAGUGACUAUGUUUUCCCAGAUUAGAUGAUUUAUGUGUGAUGAAGUGGUUUUAGGACUCACCAUGAGGAC